UGUGGAAGGAGAGCUCUCAUGGCUGUAAUAACUUAGGAAGCUCCUACCUGGGUGACACUGGGGGAGGAAGUUUUCUGUUUGUUUUGUUUUGUUCCUGAGGGUCUCGUGCACUUUGCUUUCCUGUGUCAACGUGACUCUUGGUGGUUUUUGCACACCCUGCUCUGUGGGGGAGUGCCCCAACGUGCCUGUCUUAUGUGGCCUCUAUGGACACACUGCUCAGCUGGCAGAGAGCAGGGAAGUUUUCUCCCAGCAUCCAAAAAGAGAAAGAGGAAACUACUUUUUCCUUCUGGACUUCUUGCAGCACAAUAGAUCAGAAUAAGCUUCCACGUUCUUUCCCUGGAUUUCUGGAGUGGUUUCCAGGAAGAAGUUAAACCUUCACCUUAAAUGGAUGACCAUGUCACAAUCAGGAAGAAACAUCUCCAAAGACCCAUCUUUAGACUAAGAUGCCUAGUGAAGCAGCUGGAAAAAGGUGAUGUUAACAUCGUAGACUUAAAGAAGAAUAUUGAAUAUGCAGCAUCUGUGUUGGAAGCAGUUUAUAUCGAUGAAACAAGAAGACUGCUGGACACCGAAGAUGAGCUCAGUGACAUUCAGACGGAUUCAGUCCCGUCGGAAGUCCGGGAUUGGUUGGCAUCUACCUUUACACGGAAAAUGGGGAUGAAGAAAAAGAAAUCUGAGGAAAAACCUAAAUUUCGGAGCAUUGUGCAUGCUGUUCAAGCUGGAAUUUUUGUGGAAAGGAUGUACAGAAAGUCCUAUCAUGUGGUUGGUUUGGCAUAUCCAGAAGCUGUCAUCGUAACAUUAAAGGAUGUUGAUAAAUGGUCUUUUGAUGUAUUUGCCUUAAAUGAAGCAAGUGGAGAACAUAGUCUGAAGUUUAUAAUUUAUGAACUGUUUACCAGAUACGAUCUUAUCAACCGUUUCAAGAUUCCUGUCUCUUGCCUAAUUGCCUUUGCCGAAGCUUUAGAAGUUGGUUACAGCAAGUACAAAAACCCUUAUCACAACUUGAUUCACGCAGCUGACGUCACUCAAACUGUGCAUUAUAUAAUGCUUCAUACAGGUAUCAUGCACUGGCUCACUGAACUGGAAAUUUUAGCAAUGGUCUUUGCCGCUGCCAUUCAUGAUUACGAGCAUACAGGAACCACAAACAACUUUCAUAUUCAGACAAGGUCAGAUGUUGCCAUUUUGUAUAACGAUCGCUCUGUCCUUGAGAAUCACCAUGUGAGUGCGGCUUAUCGACUUAUGCAAGAAGAAGAAAUGAAUGUCUUGAUAAAUUUAUCCAAAGAUGACUGGAGGGAUCUUCGGAACCUAGUGAUUGAAAUGGUUUUGUCAACAGACAUGUCGGGGCACUUCCAGCAAAUUAAAAAUAUAAGAAACAGUUUGCAGCAGCCUGAAGGGAUUGACAGAGCCAAAACCAUGUCCCUGAUUCUCCAUGCAGCAGACAUCAGCCACCCAGCCAAGUCCUGGCAGCUGCACUACCGGUGGACCAUGGCCCUGAUGGAGGAGUUUUUCCUACAGGGAGAUAAAGAAGCUGAAUUAGGGCUUCCAUUUUCCCCACUUUGUGAUCGGAAGUCAACGAUGGUGGCCCAGUCACAAAUAGGUUUCAUUGAUUUCAUUGUAGAGCCAACGUUUUCUCUUCUGACAGACUCAACAGAGAAAAUUAUUAUUCCUCUUAUAGAGGAAGACUCAAAAACUGAAAAUCCUUCCUAUGGAGCAAGCAGACGAUCAAAUAUAAAAGGCACCAUGAACGAUGGAACCUACUCCCCAGACUACUCCCUGGCAUGCGUGGACCUGAAGAGCUUCAAAAACAACCUGGUGGACAUCAUCCAGCAGAACAAAGAGAGGUGGAAAGAGUUAGCUGCACAAGGUGAGUCUGACCUUCAUAAAAACUCAGAAGAUCUAGCAAAUGCCGAAGAAAAACAUGCUGAUAUACAUUCAUAAGUUUGAAACACCUUAAAGGCUUCUGUCAUUUUCAACAUGAGAGGAUACUGAGAACAGCACUAAAACAUCCUAAAUCUUCAACUUUCCACAAAGCUAUAUUCUCCUCUUUCAAUGCACUCUUGGAUCAGGCCAUUUUCUGGACUCCUAUGUAAGGAAUUAAUAAAAGGAACGUAAAUUCUGAGCUGGUAACUCUGGCCAAAUAAAUAUACUCGAAGUUGCUAUCAGAGUUUUUGACCAGUGCUUCUGCCAUUGUUUUUCCUUCACAGUUUGGCCUUCUUCAAUCAAGCCAGAGAAAUUUUUAAGACGAAAGUUGGACAGUUUUACAUUUUCAUCACUUUGAACCCAGUUAGCAUGUAGGUAACUAUGUAAUACAUAUGUAAAAGAUGAGGGUUUUAAAAACAAUUUGCUUUCUUGCAUUGUUUUACACAGAGUGCUGUAGCUACAAAUUUUUCAAGGUCUUAAGUAAAAGGAAAGCAUAAACAAAAUCAUGGAAAAAAUAUUUUUUUACAGCUCUGAGGAACAGGCUAUUUAGAUUGUCCUUGUUAUAUUAAAUACAUGGGAAGAAAAUUAAAGGUGGGGCCAUUCGGAAGCUGUGGUUGAAGUCCUAUGACGACAAUGGAACAUCCUAGCCUUGUGACCUGAUGAACGUUUCAUUGUAUCUCUCAAGCUGGGAAACCUCCGUGAAAGCUGUCCCUGAACCCAGUGGACCAGCCUGCAUCCAUCUCUGUGGUUUCAAAGCAGUAAGGCAUCACCCACACGGGCAUAGUCACAAUGCAAGUCACAUGGUACCUACAAUCCUAGAGAAUAAGAACCUGCAGCCAUCGUUGGAGAUAGACACUGGAUCUGAGAAUGGAAUUGGCCUUCUGGGGCUGUUGGUCCCAUUAAGAUGUAACAAAAUAUAUUACAGGCCAAGGGAUAAGUGACAAGAACUGUUUGUGUGUGCAUAUGUGUGUAUUCGAACCUAUCUAUGAAGAUGGAAGCCCACACUUUUCUGUACAGAAUACACUACUUGACAUGACUUUGCAACUCUGCCGCACAGAAACGACCUGCACCCUGUGGACGCUCUGCUUCCAUGUGUGUCCCUGAGCAUGUGCAAGGCUGUCCUUUGCUCCAAACUGAAGAAUUACCUUUAUCUGUUAUUAGCUGACAAGAAAAGUCAAGUACAAUUAGGUGUUGUAACUUUUCACUGUAUAAACACUUCAGUGAUUGUGAGACUAAGUGAAUUUGGUCUUGUGAAAGGUAGAAAUUGAAUGGAAAAAAUCAAGAGGAGCCAUCAGUUAAAGAAUAAAGUGAAGGAGGCAUGUUCAUUCUAA